GCCCAGGGAACCAAGCAGCGCUGCCGCCGCCGCUGUAGCCUGAGUUGGAGGAGGGAGAAGCCAGGAAGAAAAUGGCGGCCGUGGCUGCAGAGGCGGCAGCGACUGCAGCGUCCCCCGGGGAGGGGGGCGCCGGCGAGGCCGAGCCGGAGAUGGAGCCCAUUCCCGGCAGCGAGGCCGGCACUGACCCCCUCCCGGUCACGGCCACUGAAGCAUCUGUGCCAGACGGCGAGGCCGACGGGCAGCAGUCCUCUCCUCAGGCCGACGAGCCGCCGUUCCCGCCGCCGCCGCCGCCGCCGCCGCCGCCGCCGCCGGGGGAGCUAGCCCGCAGCCCGGAGGCGGCGGGGCCGGAGCUGCAGCCCGAGGAGAAGCUGCCCGCCCGGGUGGUGGAGCCGGCGGCAGCCGCGCCACAGGAAGGGCCUGGCCUUUCACCUUCCCCUGCAUCGCCGCCCGAGGAGCCCGCGGCUCCCGAGGAGCGCCAGGAACCGCCGCUGCCCCAGCCCUCAGCCCCGGCGCUCGUGCCGCCGGCGGGCGGGGACUCCGCGGUGUCGCAACUGAUCCCCGGCUCGGAGGUGCGGGUCACGCUGGACCACAUCAUUGAGGACGCGCUCGUCGUGUCGUUCCGCCUCGGGGAGAAGCUUUUCUCCGGGGUCCUCAUGGAUCUGUCCAAAAGGUUUGGGCCCCAUGGGAUCCCUGUGACAGUAUUUCCCAAAAGGGAAUAUAAGGAUAAACCUGAAGCCAUGCAGCUCCAAAAUAAUACAUUCCAAGAAGGGACAGAUGUCAAGCGUGAAGUGAAUGGUGCUGUUCCCGAAGACCCUUCUCCUGUCCCGCCUCCUGAGCUGAGCUUGGCCGAAAGCCUGUGGACUUCCAAACCACCACCUCUCUUCCAUGAAGGAGCACCUUAUCCUCCCCCUUUGUUUAUCAGGGACACAUAUAACCAAUCAAUACCUCAGCCACCUCCUCGGAAAAUUAAGCGACCCAAACGAAAAAUGUACAGGGAAGAACCUACUUCAAUAAUGAAUGCUAUUAAACUACGACCCAGGCAAGUCUUGUGUGACAAGUGUAAAAACAGUGUCAUUGCUGAAAAAAAAGAAAUUAGAAAAGGUAGUAGUGCAAGUGACUCUUCUAAAUAUGAAGAUAAAAAACGGAGAAAUGAAAGUGUAACUACUGUGAACAAAAAACUGAAAACUGACCAUAAGGUGGAUGGGAAAAACCAAAAUGAAAGCCAGAAAAGAAAUGCUGUGGUUAAGGUUUCAAAUAUUGCUCACAGCAGAGGCAGAGUAGUCAAAGUUUCUGCUCAGGCAAAUACAUCAAAAGCUCAGUUAAGUACUAAAAAAGUGCUCCAGAAUAAGAACAUGGAUCAUGCAAAAGCUCGGGAAGUGCUGAAAAUUGCCAAAGAAAAGGCACAGAAGAAGCAAAGUGAAACCUCUACGUCCAAAAAUGCACAUUCAAAAGUCCAUUUCACACGUCGAUACCAGAAUCCUAGCUCAGGUUCCCUUCCACCCCGGGUUCGUUUAAAACCACAGAGGUACAGGAAUGAAGAAAAUGACUCUUCUCUGAAGACAGGACUGGAGAAAAUGCGGAGCGGCAAGAUGGCACCAAAGCCCCAGUCCCGCUGCACCUCUACCCGCUCAGCAGGUGAGGCCCCUUCAGAAAAUCAGAGUCCCUCCAAAGGCCCUGAAGAGGCCAGCAGUGAGGUUCAGGACACAACUGAAGUGCUUGUGCCUGGUGAGCAGGAUGAACCACAGACACUGGGCAAAAAGGGCAGCAAAAGCAAUGUCUCUGUUUACAUGACCUUAAAUCAAAAGAAAUCUGACUCUUCCAGUGCUUCAGUGUGUAGCAUUGAUAGCACAGAUGAUUUGAAAUCCUCCAACUCUGAGUGUAGUUCUUCUGAAAGCUUUGAUUUUCCCCCAGGCUGUAUGCAUGCACCUUCCACAUCCUCUACUUCCUCCUCUUCAAAGGAAGAGAAAAAGCUCAGUAAUUCCUUGAAAAUGAAAGUCUUUUCCAAAAACGUCUCUAAGUGUGUCACACCAGAUGGCAGGACCAUAUGUGUAGGGGACAUUGUUUGGGCCAAGAUAUAUGGCUUCCCCUGGUGGCCAGCCCGUAUUCUUACUAUAACUGUGAGCCGGAAAGAUAACGGCCUUUUAGUCCGACAGGAGGCCCGUAUUUCAUGGUUCGGGUCUCCAACAACAUCUUUCCUGGCUCUUUCGCAACUCUCCCCCUUUUUAGAAAACUUCCAGUCACGCUUUAAUAAGAAGAGAAAGGGCCUGUAUCGCAAGGCUAUCACAGAGGCAGCUAAGGCUGCCAAACAGCUGACCCCUGAAGUGCGGGCUCUGUUGACACAGUUUGAAACGUGAACAUGGACAGUAAGGUAGGCAAGAACCUUUGGAAGGCGCCACAGAUUUUCUAGUCUAGUUAGGGAUAACUUCUACGAGGUAGCUUGGCCAAAUUGGAGAGAGAACUUGCAUUCAGUUGGCUGCUUUUUUAUACUUAACCUUACAGCCAUUUUUAGACUGAGAAGCUUAAACUGAACAAGCAAUCAAAUUUUGUCUUAAGGAAGUGAGAUUUUAGUAUUUUUCAGUUUUGAAGUCUAAAACCACCCCAAGGCAUAGGAGCCAUAGCCUCAACUGAAAAUGAAUUUUUGCAGGGACUGUUAAUUGCCAUUUGUACCUAGUACUGUGUGUAUGUGUAUAUGUAUAUACACACAUGUAAAUAUAUGUGUGUGUGUAUGCAUAGAUACAUAACAUGUAUCAAAUAUAGCCUGUCACUAUGUGACACAGGUUGCAUAUCUGGGAUCAUAGUAAGGGCUGGUGAGCUAGGGGGAAUAGUGAGGAUAUUUAAUGACUACUUGUUUUUUAAUUAAUGAACACUUAGCCUUUCUAUGUGCGUAAUGGCACAGGAGUUUGAUACUUAGAUGUUUGACAAACUGAGAUGCUUGCUGUUGAAUUGCACACUGGGGAAAUAGCCCAGUAUUUGGGAUUAAGACUGUCAAGGCUGGCUAGGUCUGAAUCAUCGCUCUCUCUCUUGUCCAGUGGGGACUUAACAAAAACUUUCAGACUUCUGGUUUGGGAGGUUAGAUAGGUUUGUCUUUGGAUAUGUAAACAGUUGAUUGCUAAAUUUGGUCAGAU